GUUCUUUUCUAUGAGCAUGCUUCUUGAAAUGUCAAAUUUUUAAAACAAUGGCGGCCAUUUGUAUUCGAUAGGUAUUUCGUAAGGAGUACUAUUGUUUUCCGGAUUUUUUAGCGUAUGAAGCGAUUGAUAUUAUUUUUCAAUGAAAAUGGUUCGAACAACGCGGACUUCAACAACAGUGACAAGUAACACUCCGUCACCUAGAAGUGAAGAAAAAGAAGAGCCUUCGCCGGAGAGCAGCAGUAGCAGUGUAGUUUUGUUAGGAACGGAACGUUCGGAUAAAAUUGCAGCAGCUUCAAAUUUGAGUCCAUCAGUUGUGUUGCAGAAAUUGCCUAUGGAGCAAAUGAAUCCUAAUUUGCAGAAGCAAUCAUCUACAUCUACUAGGGCUACUAGAAGUCAGAAAGUGCCAUAUGCCACAACGAUGGAGGAGGAUAACGUAAAAUUGAUUGAGAUUAUGGAUGAUGAUUCAAAGUCACAUGAGAGCACUGUUAUGGAGCUCCCAGAAAGCUGUGUCGUAAAAUUGAAUGAUGAUUUUGAUGACAUUACGUGUGCUGUCAUCACUAAGGACCACCCGAAUACACCAGGCUUGGGAAGCUGUAAAAGACAAAUAAAGAGACGAACAAAAAGUAUGUUGGUGGUGGAUGAGGGUAGCAAUGAAACCGAUUACGAUUCAUUGGUGAUAGAGGAUUUUAAGCAAACCGUAUCGGAGAAACAUACACUUUGCGUUUUAAUGGAUAAAACCGGUGUUGUGGGCAUGGAAAUCACGGAGCAAAAAAAAGACAAGAGAAGUGACGAAGACGAUGCUAUCAGUUCAGUUAGCAGUGGUCCAUCUACAAGUCUUGAACGCGAAGGUGACAUUUCUAAAGCAGAAGUGAUUGGAACAAGAAAAUCGAAACGGCAAGUCAAAGUAACUAAUAAAUAUCGAGAUUUUGUUGUCGAUGCUCCGUUACCUUCAUCGCAAGUUCCAUAUUCUGAUGUGAAGUUAGCUCGUGGCAAUGGAGGUGGAAGAAAGAGUCACGUGAAAGAAAUUGAGACAACUGUAUUUGCUGAAGAUUUAUGUCCAGAAUCACCGCCGAUGUUAUUUAAUCCACCUAAAAAAACAUAUAUAAAUAAAAAAGUGAGUCCUACAAAACUGGAGGGCCAUGAAAAACCAAUGAGACGUAUGACACGAUCCAAGACACCGACUCCGAGAGGACGUAAGAAAGCAGAACUCAUGGUAGAUGAGUCGUUAUUACAAUAUGAUGAUGCAACGGUUGAGUUGCCCGGGCCAGAUGAUAAAAAUGAUUCAACAUUGACAGUCAACAUUGAUAGUAGUUAUUUUUCCGACGACGACUUCUUCAGAUAUGAUGGAACUCCAUCACCUGAGGAGUUUUGUGGUUGGCCCGAAGAGGACAUAUUCGAUCCUGGUGCAGGGCCUUCUUUUUCAACACUAUCCACGCUAUCCGCUUUUGCAUUCGAUCCUUUUUUGUCAAAUGUGACUCCACUGACGCAGGUAGACAAUUCAAACAUGGAUGAUAAGUUGGACACUGACAAAACGAUUAAAAAACGGCGCGGACGUACGCCGAAGGUAGCAAAAACAAAACCCGUUGUUACUGUCGAAGAACCCACCGCCAUACGCCCGGCUGGAUCUACAUUUAUUAAACGAUCCUACAAAACAGCCAAAAAUUCUCAAGAAAAUCUAUUCAACAAAGUUUUCGAACCAGAUCCUGAACCAGUGAAAAACACACAACCUGUAAUAACGCAACAGUCAGAUAUAGUAACUUCGAUGAGUACCGUAUCUAUCGAUGAUGGUCUGGAAGAUGCAAUUGAAAUAGUAUUACAAGCUGAAGAAAUAAUUACCGAUAAUGAUGGUGGACCUUUGGAAGUAUUGGAAGUAGUUUCGAAGCCACCAAGAAAUCGUCGACGAAUUAGAGGUGGCAGACGACCUUCGCCGUCCAGUGCGCUCCCACGGAGAGGAAGAAGUCAACGAGACAGUUUUCCUAGCACAGUAGAAAACGUUGCAAUAAACAGUGACCUUGUGGAUGACAUUGUCUUACCAGCAGCAGACGUUAUUCCAGAGAAGGAAAAAAGCCAAUUGAUAGAAGAUCAAUUCAUAGACGCGCUAAAACCGGUUACAAUGCAAGUCCCAGUCGAAGAACUAAAUAUCAAAACUCAGAUUCAAGAACAUUCUACUGCUAUUACUGUUGAUAACUCCGAGAAACAAAUAUUGAAGGUGUCAAAAAAAACAUACGAAAGACGUAAAUCGGUAUCAAAAAGUGCUCAAAAGGCUUUUUCGACAGGUUCGUCAGAGAAACCGAAAAAAGAAAUCGACAAUACUAUGGAAACAUCUAUACCUGUCCCUAAAACACCAGAUACUUCGGAGAUAAUAGUGCUAGAAAUAAAAGAUAUAAUUCCUUCUGAACCAGUGAAGGACGAAACUCUGAAAGAUAAAGAAGAACUAUCUAAAAAGGACACCCAAAAAGAAUCGAAAAAGUCAUCCAAGGAAAGCAGUUACCAUCGAAGACAGAGUACUUCAAAGGAUGUAAAAAAAUCAAAAGAACACAAAGAUCAUUCUUCUUCCAAAGAACACAGAGAUCGUGACAGCAGCCGAAAGGAUCGAGAUUCUUCCAGAAGUCAUAAGGACAGGGACAAAGAAAAACAUCGGAAACGUGGAUCUGAGGGUAGCAAAAAGGAUCGUCGGUCAAAUGCUUCCGAGUCUGAGAAAAAACGAUCAGAACACAAGGAAUUCUCUGGUGAAAAGAAGCACGUGUCUGAUAAAAAGCGUAGUGAGUUAGACGAAAAAAAAUCUUCGGAUACGGAAAAACCCAAACCACCUGUACCCAAAACAGUGGACAAACCUAAAAAAUGUUUUGAUUCGGAACUGCAAGCGAUGGAUCCGAGCACCAUAAAGAAUAAACAGUCCGAUGAAUCAAAGCGUUCAAAAGAGUACGAAAAAAAUCGAAAAUCUGAUAAACAUCGUAGUGAUUCAGAGAUACGGAAAAAGAGUUCCAGUGAAUCAAAGUAUGCACACAAAGAAUCAAAAGAGAAGCAUCGUUCCGCAGUUUCUUCACCAGUGACCUCCAAGUACACUGAGCACGAGGCUCGGAAGAAAGAGUCAGGAGAAUCGAAAUCUCUUCUCAAGGAGUCCAAGGAGAAAAAUCGUUCAAUCGAAUCUUCUCCGGUUACGGUCAAGUCCAGCAGCUCGAGCAGCUCUAAGAAAUCAUCAAAAGCUCAACCUAGCUCAAAUCGAAAAGAAUCGAGUUCCAGUAGCAGCUCAAAAUCCAGAAAAAGCUUGAGCAGUUCAAUUAAAGAUGAAAAACCUAAAGAUGAGUCAACAACGAAAAUUGAUUCUAACAAAGAAAAAAUAAAAGAAACAAUUUUAAGCGAAGCUGUGAAAUUACCUUGCGAGCUAGAAUCAUCAGAAAAUUCAGAUGAGACAAAAGAAGUAAAGGAAAAAAUCGUCUUGGAACAAGUAGCCAAUAUAGUUCUUACUGAACAGCAAGAACCAACACAACACGAGACUCCCCGUAUCGCAACAAAAGCAUCCAGGAAGAUGUACCAAUGUGAGGAGGAUAUGCCCCAUGACAGUGUCUCACCGGCAAAUCUUUCGACGGAUCAAUCAAUUGAAUUAGUGAAACAAGAAUGCAAAGCAGAGUUUAUGAAGAAAGAACCAUCGGAUGAGGAAGCAGUGCAGAAAAUUUCGGAAGCAUUUGACACCAGCGUGCAGAUAUCUGGUCAACGCCCGGAAAUUGUGUUGAAAGCAUUUGAAAACAUAAACAUCUCCGAGGAUAAACCUUCUGUGAAUAAAACAUCGGUUGAUUUGAAAUCUGUGAAUCAACCAUCGGUAGAUUUGAAACCUUAUGUGAAUCAACCACUGAUAGAUUUGAAACCGGUUACUGUUGUUGACGACAGUCCAUCUGUCGGUGAAACUGAACAUAUUUCAUCACCACCACCACAGGAAGUAUCGAACGAGGAUUCUAAUUCGAAUAACAGUGUAACUCUAGACUAUGUGAAAGAGAUGAAAACAGACUUGGAUGAUGGUAACAUUCGACGGUCGUCUCGUAUUAAAACGAUAAGUUCACAGAAGCAGAGGACUAGCGGGCAUGGUCUUGUUAAGGAUAAGGAUAAGUUUCUUAAGAAAACAACAAUUUCGGUGGGAUUUGAAACUAAAGUGCUGAAGGAUGCUCUCACAGGAAGCUUCAAUGUGAUAACUGCGUCAGAUUUUACUAUUGGAAGUGAAGGGCAAGCCAAAGGAGAGCACGAUGCAUCUAUAACUAACAUUGAACUUUCUGAGGAGUAUUUACGGGAUAUGGAGGAAAAACUUGGUCGUUUUGAAACCAUCCGAGAGAAUCUCUAUCAGUGCGAUAAAAUAAUCAGCAAGGAAGCGAAGAAAAUGAUGUGUGAUUGUUUCAUGACAAGUGAGGAAACCGAACGGGGUGAGUUAGGCUGCGGUGAAGACUGUUUGAACAAGCUACUUAUGAUUGAAUGUGGCUCAAGAUGCGUCGUAGGAGAUCGAUGCACGAAUAAACGUUUCCAGAAGCAGGAAUACGCAAACUGUCAAGUAUUUCGAACAGAUAAGAAGGGAUUCGGAAUACAGGCUAGCAUUGGAAUUUUACCUGGCGAGUUUAUCAUGGAAUACGUUGGAGAGGUAUUGAACAGUGAGCAGUUUGACGUACGAGCUGAGCAGUAUUCCGAAGAAAAGAAUAAACAUUAUUAUUUCAUGGCAUUACGUAGCGAUGCGAUUAUUGAUGCUACGACGAAGGGUAACAUUUCCCGCUUCAUCAAUCACUCGUGUGACCCGAACGCAGAAACGCAGAAGUGGACGGUCAACGGCGAGCUGCGUAUUGGAUUCUUCAGCACGAAAUACAUUAUGCCCGGAGAGGAAAUUACAUUCGACUAUCAAUUUCAACGGUACGGUAGGCGAGCCCAAAAAUGCUACUGCGAGGCGGCAAACUGCACCGGUUGGAUUGGUGGUGAUCCUGGUAGCGACGGUGAAUCAGAAUAUGAGGACGAGGAGGAAAUCGAAGAAAGCGAGGAGGAAGAAAUAACUCCUGAGACAGCAACAGUGUCUGAAAUUUUAUCGAAAACUUCAAAACUUGACGAAACUAGCAAUACGGGCGAAAUUCAACAUGCUCCAGCUGAAAGCGAAUUGAACCUAAGUAAGCAGAAAGAACCUACAGUCACUGUCAAACCUCCCGAGCCUAAACCCAAAAAGGUUCGGAAGCGAACCGAACGAGCGAAAAAACGACGUCCGCAAAUUCACGAGGAUCCUGAUUUGGAGAAGGAAAUCAACAAUCUUUUGAAGACCGGAUUGAAGAAUCAAGCUCAAACGUUGAAACUGUCUCGGUUGAUGGUUCGGGCCAAGGAUAUCAAAUCAAGAAGCCGUUUGUUAACAAUUCUACAAAGCGGUGAACUACCUUGCCGGCGUCUCUUCUUAGAUUACCAUGGUUUAAGAUUGCUUUAUGGCUGGAUCUGUGAAUCUACCGAGUCUGUUGACGAUCUGAAGUUCCGCAUACAAAUACUUGAUACGCUCGACCGAUUACCGAUUCCGAACAAAACAAUGCUGAAAGAUAGUAAAAUCUUACAAACGAUCGAAAAAUGGGCGAGAAUCGAUAAACCGAAGGAAAAGGAAGUAGAGAAAGAGAAGGAAAGGGAAACCUCUAGCACCAGCUCUCCCAGUGACAGCAAUGGAGCAGGAAGUGAUAGCAACACCAGUUCAUCGGAUGCAAAGAAGCAAGACAUUGUUGGUAACGCAGAAGUUUUGAAGAACAUGCCCGAGCUACUGAAAUUGGCUGAUCUAGGAAAAUUGAAAGAAAUUAUUAGCAGCACAUGUGUUGAGAAGGAAACGGAAAAAGAAAAACCGUCCAGUAGUGUUAGUGAACCAAUAACAUCUGCUGCUAGUUUAAUGGAUUCCAUUCAAAUCCCGGAACCGGAAGAUGAAAACGCACCGGAAGAGAAACGCCUCGGUACACAAAUAAGAAUCCUAUCUUGCAAACUGUUGAUCAGUUGGAUCAAUCUCAAAGAAGUCUUUCGAAUCCCAAAAAAAGAGAGGAUCGAACAAAUGAAGGAACAUGAGCGAGAAGCAGAUUUGCGCUAUAAAGCCCUAGGUCUUGGAGAAGACGACAAUCAGCAUUCAAAUCGACACACAUCGAGCCGUUUCUUCGAUCGAACUCGUGAACUCAAACGCCGAAAGUCGGUCGACGAAGCUAGCUUCUAUAAAAUGAAAAGAGCUCUUGCUUCUACUGCCAACCCUAUGUUGAAAAUGGACAAGCAACAACGCAGGCAAAUGUUCGAGAUGAAAGUUGCCCACGAGGAAGCCGAACGACGAAACAAGGAGUUGUGGUUACAACAUGAAAAUAAUUGUCUGAAAUUCGGACUGAACCCACAUUUGACAGCCCCACAAGACCUACCUGCUAAAAUGAAUCCAGCUACCGGGGAAUAUUUUUCCGCAGAUGAUCGUCUUUUACCAACACCUCCGAGCCACGUGUAUUUCAAAGUACUGCCACCACCGAUGUCCACAGAUCCCGAGGACUAUGAACUGCCCCCUAUGGAUUUACCUCCACUAUGGAAAUUUGCUAUUGAUGAAAGAGGGUUGUUAUAUUACUACCACGUGAAAGAUCGUGUACCCCAGUGGGAACCUCCGAAAAAAGAUACCGAAAGCGGUCCAGGUCACGGUUUACGCGACGAGGAUAUUUCAAUGAGCUCCGACUCAAGUACAACUGACACAGAGGAUUCCGAGGAAGAAUAUCUGAACAUUCAGUUAGAGCAAUUACUCAAACGGAAGAAAAAGCAACAAUCCAGUUUUAAUCUAGAUGAUGUUCUUGCAAAACCCGAUGAUAUGAAUGAUGAUCUUUCCAAAACAAUUAAAGAUUUGGAUGGUGAUGAUUCCACCCCUCAUACGCGAGGCAAAGUCGAUAAAGCGCUUGGUGAUACGUUUGAAAAAACGGCGGAGGAACUGCUACAGCACCGUAAACGAAAGCACAGUAACAAACUGGUGCAGGAAAGGAUAAUUAGUCCUCGAACCGAAGAAGAUAAACUGUACGGUCAGAUGGAAAUGAAACGAUACAAGGAAACCAAAGAGAAACUACGCCGCCGGAAAGAAGAAGCUAAACGAUUACGAGCGCGUAGCAUGCUGGACAAAUCACUGGCGGAUAGUCCAUUCAGUGGUUCCUUCUCAGCCGAUAUUCUAGACAAGAGCGCUGCCGAAAGUGCUCUCAUCGAUGACGAUCUGGUCGUGUCGCAUAAAAUCGUCGAUGAUAAAUGCAUCGUGGAUGAGUUGGACAUCUUGACGAAGAAAAAGAAAAUUUCACCAUACGAGGAGUGGCAAAAAGUUAAGCAGCGUUUAGGCAAGAAACGAGCAGCGAAAACUGGGGAAAGUUCAACAUUUGGAGGGUUGUCAUUACCAACAACAUCUUCUACGUCAUUGGGGGGCAGCUCAUCAAAGAUUGGAAAACGUAAAAAACCUGAUAAGUUGGACAUUAAUAGUGAUGAAGCCAAAAAAAUUAAAGAGAAAUUCCGCGGUGAAAUUGCUGGUGUUAUUGUUCAGCAUCUUGGCGCUUACCGCAAGGACUCAUGCCAAACUGGACGAAUUACCAACACCGAGGACUUCAAGCACUUGGCUAGAAAAUUGACUCAUUUUGUCUUGGUGAAGGAGCUGAAACAUUGUGACAAUACAAUCAAUGAGUUAGAAGUUACCGAUUCGGUACGUACCAAGGCUCGCGAAUUCAUAAAAAAAUACAUGGCCAAGCAUGGAUCUAUUUAUGUUCGAGGUGAAAAUGAACCCGAUUACGCUAGCAUAAAUCUUUGAGACAACGCCAAGGGGAAAUUGGAGCAAUCUGGUUCUGCUAGUGCUCCACCAGCUCCCCAGAAAUAGAAUCCAUACAGCAUAUUUGGUUUUAAUUUAUAUAAAUUUAACGCGUGUGAAUUAGUGUAUAAUUAGAAAUAAUUUAACUGGUAUUGUCUAUCAUAUAACAAUUGAUUUUGAAAAUCAAUUGAAGUGCAUUAUAAAAUUCCAAACAGUCAAAUAGAUUGUGUAAAUUGAGCAUGAUACAGUAGACUGCUGAACAUAUAUCCAAAAAUUACAAUUUAAAAAUAUACAUACUAUCUCGAGAUGUUAUGCAGUCAACGACCAAUGUUCAAUAUAAUUUCCUAUUAUUCAGGAACAUUUUUCUUGGAACGGCAGUGCAACUAUCUAAGGUACACUAUAAUACUUUGAAAAUUAUAUGAAAUGGAGUGUCAUCGAUCGACUUGUGAAUAAGUAUGCACCCCUAUUCUGUAUUACGUUCGAAUUGGAUUUUUUCGAACGAAUGCGAAAUUUUGCAUUCUGUAACUCGAUUUAGUUCGAGUUUUUCAUACAAAAGCAUAACUCGAUCGAAUUACAGAAUGCAAUUUUUACAUUCAUUCGAAAAAAUCCGAUUCGAUCGAAAUACAGAAUAGGGGCGAUAAUAAAAAGCCCAAUAGUAUGUUGAAAUAAAUAUGCAGAUAUAAAAUAUUUUAAAAAUAAUUUGAAGUACACAUAAAAAAC